GCGACAGUCGAAGACCAACGAAGGUGCUGUCACUCCCACAUCUACCGCGCUCGUCGAGAAUGUCUGCCGCGGCGAAGAAGGCGCAUCCACCGACGCCGCCAUUGAUGCGGGAAAAAUCAACAAGGACGAAGAGGCUGGAGGCGUUCCAUCGCCUCGAGCACGAAGGGUUUGCCUACCUCGGCGACAACACGUUCAUCCACCACGGGUAUCGUCUCCAUUAUUCCGUCAAGGAAUGCGUAGUGUCCCUGUUUGAAAUGCACAACGAGACACUGAAUGUGUGGACGCACAUGAUCGGGUCGCUCAUCUUUGUAUCGCUCCUGGUACUGUUGUACACACAGUUCGACAAAGCCGUGCAUCCCCAUCACGAAGUCGAAUCGCCGCACCACGUCCACCUUGCCAACUUGCCAUACCUGUCCCAUGGACACCACACCCUUCGACUCUUCGUGGCGCAUUCCAUCAUGGAUUCUUCCGAACGUGCGCUCGUCCAAACGUUGUCGUUGCAUGGCCCGCCGCGACAGUUCCUUGAAAUCGCGAGUGUUCUCUUCAACACAACACUGUCCGACCUCGUCCAAGACUCGGCUGACUCCAUCAAUGGUGAAUUCCAUUUGCUCAAGCAAGACCUCGUACAACUCCAAGAUCGGCUCCUGGCGCUGGCAGACCACGCGUGGUUGAAUCGUCACGUGUUCAGCCACUUGGAAUCCCUCCAGAACAACGUUCGCGCGCGGCUGACGGCUCUUCAGCAGUCCCAUCACCAAGACAACAUCCGCCACGGCGUCCAAGCGAUCACCGACGUCCUUAAUGUCCUCCGCUUCGAUCUGGACCACAAAGUGCCGGUUUGGCCCGUGUCCAUCUUCGUCGGGAGUGCCAUCAUUUGCCUGACCUGCUCGGCGAUCUUCCACUUGCUCUACGUCGUGAGCCAUCCCGUGUACGCCGUGCUGUCGCGCCUGGACUACGCUGGCAUCUCGAUCUUGAUCUCUGGCUCGUUCUUUCCCGUCCAGUACUACGGGUUCUACUGUGACGCCGGCCUUCGUUGGUUUUACCUCGGCACGACCAUGGUCCUCGCUUCGAUGACGUUUGCAAUGGCCAUGAUGCCGUUCUUUGCCAAGGAGAAGUUCCUCGUUCUCCGCACUUGCACGUUCAUCUCGUUCGGCCUCUUUGGCGCGGUGCCCGUCGUCCACAUGGCGUUCAUUGACGGCUUUUUCCACGAGCAAGUGCAGGUGAUUCUGGCUCCGAUGCUGUGGGAAGGCUUGUUUUACAUUGGCGGCGCCAUGAUCUACAUGAGUCGCGUCCCCGAGCGCUUAUACCCCGGCCGAUUCGACACACUGUUUGGGUCCCAUCAAAUCUGGCACGUCUGCGUCGUGGCCGCCGCCCUCGUCCAUUUUCACAUGGUCACGACCCACUUUGAGUGGCGAUGGAACCACCAGUGCCACGUCGACAUGUUGGCCUCGUAGGGGCAUCGUUUCGCUGCCGCAUCGUGCACCCCUCGUCUGGCGAGCCCUGUUGAUGUCGUCGAGCUUCUCAAUGUAAACUAUUGUAUUGUAAAAUCGUCUCUAUGGACCUAUCCCUA